CCCCCCCGUUGGCCAAAUCACCACAAAGGGAGUGGCGGGCAAGGGACGCCUGUUUGUGGAGUUUGUCCUCUUGAAGACGGUCCAAGAAGAGUUGGGGAUUUGUGCGGGAAAUGUCACCUUAGGUGCCUUAAGUUGUUUUGAAUCCCUUGGGGUUUUGAUCAGUUUCAUUGUUGGUGCUGAUGCUACUGAGCCGAAAAGGAACGUGAGGACUCAUGACCAGCAUUUCUCAUAAUUUAAUCUUGUUUACCUCCAUAGUUCUCUAUUUCGUCAGGGUUUACAUUUUUUUUUAUUUGUUUUUAGGGUUUUUUUUUUCCUAUUAUAGUUGAUUUACAUUAUUCUGUCAAUUUCUACUGUACAACAAAAGUGACCCAGUCACAUACCUAUAAAUUUUUAAUCCUAAAUGAUUCUUACGCAAACCAUUGACAUAGCUAGAAAAUUAUGAGCUAUGAUUUUUUCCAAACUCAUAACCUUUCCAUGAUUCUAUUUUCUUCUUUGCGUAUUGGUGGACACUGGAUGAUGGCCCACCGUUUUCACUCUUCUUUGGGGGGGGGCGCACACCUGGGACAUGUGGAAGUUCCCAGGAUUGAAUUUACACCUCAGUAGCAACCAAGCGGCUGCAGUGACAAUGCUGGAUCCUUAACCCACUGUGCCACAAAGGAACUCUCAUCACUCUUCAUCUUUUCAAAGUGCACAUUGUGGAUAUUAAAACUGUCCAGAGUGUCUUAACAAUAUUUGUGUUCACAGGGCCUUUUAAAAGCCAGAGCAGGUCAUUUUCAACUGCAGUUCCGUUUUUCAGAGCUGAGGGAGCAUGAGCCAUUUGCAGAACUUACUGUUAGAUACCCUCCUGGGAACAAAGCAUGUGGACUGUGCAGCCCUCAUCAAACUCCAGGAGCGGAGCCUUUGUGUAGCAUCACCAGGAUUUAGUGUAAUGCCCAGUGAUAUCCGAACACUUGUGAAUGUAUUUGCCAAGAACCCUUUGAAAGCCAGAAGGGAAGGAUUGUAUUUCAAGGAGAAAGACUACAAAUGUGUCCGGGCAGAUGACUAUUCUCUUUAUGCUAAGAAUGAAAACACUGGUGUGGUUGUUGUGAAGACCCAUCUGUAUCUUCUGGUGGCAACUUACACUAAUGGCAUGUAUCCCAGUGUCUGUGUGGAAGCCACAGAGAAGCUGGGAGAAUACCUAAGAAGAAAAGGAAAUUAAGUCAUCAGAAGACUACGAAAGACAGCUUUUAUGAUUUUAGAAGAAAACUAUAGAUCCUUUUAAAAAAGCCUUAUUUUGUGGCUGAAAAACACUAGGCAGAAGAUACUGAAAAGGAAGAAUGGGUUAAGAAAUUUCUUAUUUCAAGAGAUCAUCUUUAAUUGGAAUUACUUGAUCCAUUUUAUUCUUUUUUUUUUUUUUAAGUGUCAGUCAUUGGCAUGAAUGUGAGGGCACUGAUGGUUUCACAGGGCAUUUCUGUUGGGAGACUCCUUCAUGAGACUUGUAUUCCCUAACAUUUUACUGCCAAGAAUGCAAGGCCCUAACCACUCGUCAUGCAGGCCAUUUCAGGGCUGUGUUGUAAGAAGCACCCUUGAAAAAUGAAGUCAUGUCUCCUGUCAGAAGAAAGAGCAAGCUAACUUACUACUUGGUAUAAAAGAGGUGAACUCCCUGAACUUAGUGUUCCUGUCCUGGUGUGCAGCUCUCUGCAUGUGUGGUAUCUCCCUGUGGGACAUGAAGAGAAGGGGAACCGAUGCAAAGACCACCCAACAACAGGCCACUAGUCAGGGAUUUGAUGGACUUUACAUGUUCCCCACCAUCUGCAGGCAUCUGCUUUUGUUGAGCAUUGAAAAGGCCUUUCCCAAAAAUCAACUUAAAAAGAGUUUUGAUUCCAUCUCCCUCGUCGCUUCCUCCUGGUCCACACAACUUAGUAUAGUCAGUGAACGCAGCCUUCCCAGAAAGGGUUCAUCUCCUCUUGGUCACCUCCUGAGUGACGAUCAGAACAAUGAGAUGGAGAGUUACAUAACCUAUUUCAAAAAUUCAGGAUUCUACCCGGAUCAUUCCUAGGCACGAUGCAUCUUUUUUCCCCUAGUAGCAACCCCAGGCCGGCCUGGUUGUACGCCCUCCAAGAGUCCCUAUGGAAGCAAUACCACAGGCCACUGGCAUUUCUUGACAUUAUCAUGCUUUUUUUUUUUUCCUUUGCUUUUUGGGGCCACAGGUAUGGCAUA